AAGAAGAAAUGACCAUGUAGAUGCCAACUGCCUGGGUACAGCAUAAUGGGAAGGAGUGAAUGGAGUGGAACUGGUCUGCAAUCUUGAAAACAGCCAUCUUGUGGACUAUCACCUGGUGGGAGACAUUUCUGUCAUUCAUUGCUUACUCUGCUCAUGUUACUGUACACAUAAAGUGGAUUUGUUCUUAGGCUGGAAUUUGAGGUUCUACUCUUACAAAUUUUUAAUUUGUACAUAGCACAUUGAACAGAGCAAUAUUAUCAGCAGCAAUGGGUGACAUGACAAACAGCGAUUUUUAUUCAAAGAACCAAAGAAAUGAGGCCAACCAUGCAGGAGAAUUUGGGUGUACACUCCAGGAGCUGCGUUCUCUUAUGGAACUCCGAGGAAUGGAAGCAGUGGUAAAAAUUAAAGAUACGUAUGGGGACACAGAGGGCCUCUGUAGACACUUGAAGACUUCACCAAUAGAAGGAUUACCUGGCACUACUGCUGACCUAGAUAAAAGAAGGCUAAUUUUUGGGCAAAACUUUAUACCUCCAAAGAAGCCAAAAACUUUCAUACAGUUAGUCUGGGAAGCAUUGCAGGAUGUGACUCUCAUCAUCUUGGAAAUCGCAGCCAUUAUAUCUCUUGGGCUCUCAUUUUAUCAUCCACCUGGAGAAGGAAAUGAAGCGUGUGCUACUGCCACAGGAGGAGCUGAAGAUGAAGGUGAGGCAGAAGCUGGUUGGAUCGAAGGGGCUGCCAUUCUGCUCUCUGUUAUAUGUGUGGUGCUGGUUACAGCCUUUAAUGACUGGAGCAAAGAGAAACAGUUCCGUGGACUUCAGAGUCGUAUUGAACAAGAACAAAAGUUUACUGUCGUUCGAGGUGGACAAGUAAUUCAAAUCCCAGUAGCAGAGAUUGUAGUUGGUGACAUUGCACAAGUUAAAUAUGGCGACCUACUACCUGCCGAUGGAGUGUUUAUUCAAGGAAACGAUCUUAAGAUUGAUGAAAGCUCUUUAACUGGAGAGUCAGAUCAAGUCCGCAAAUCUGUUGACAAAGACCCAAUGCUGCUUUCAGGUACCCAUGUCAUGGAAGGCUCAGGAAGAAUGGUUGUUACUGCAGUGGGAGUUAAUUCUCAGACAGGCAUCAUCUUUACUCUACUAGGUGCUGGAGGAGAGGAAGAGGAUAAAAAAGAUAAAAAAGUAGAUUCUUCCCAUUCCUCCUUCCAUCCUCCUCCAACUACAGAUGGGGCAGCAAGUACAAUUGCCACUGAUAAUGCAAAUACCAGCUUAGUCAAUGGCAAGAUGCAGGAUGGAAAUAUGGAAAACAGCCAGAAUAAAGCCAAACAGCAGGAUGGGGCAGCUGCAAUGGAGAUGCAACCACUCAAGAGUGCUGAAGGUGGAGAGGGAGAUGAGAAAGAUAAGAGGAAAUCCAACAUGCCCAAGAAAGAAAAAUCGGUUCUCCAAGGAAAGCUAACUAAAUUGGCUGUCCAAAUAGGCAAAGCAGGUUUGGUAAUGUCAGCAAUCACUGUCAUCAUUUUAGUAUUAUACUUUACUAUUGAAAACUUUGUUGUCAACAAGAAGCCAUGGCUGCCUGAAUGCACACCCGUAUAUGUUCAGUAUUUUGUCAAGUUCUUCAUUAUUGGUGUGACUGUGCUUGUAGUUGCUGUCCCAGAAGGACUUCCACUCGCAGUUACCAUCUCCCUUGCUUAUUCUGUAAAAAAAAUGAUGAAAGAUAACAAUCUGGUCCGUCAUUUAGAUGCAUGCGAGACUAUGGGAAAUGCUACAGCCAUCUGCUCUGAUAAAACAGGGACAUUAACAACUAACCGAAUGACAGUAGUGCAAGCCUAUGUUGGGGAUGUCCAUUACAAAGAGAUCCCUGACCCAGAUUCUGUUCCAGCCAAAACUCUGGAUUUUCUGGUUAAUGCAAUUGCCAUCAACAGUGCUUAUACUACAAAGAUUCUGCCACCAGAAAAGGAAGGUGGUCUACCUCGCCAGGUUGGCAACAAGACAGAAUGUGGAUUGCUGGGAUUUGUUCUGGAUCUAAAGCAGGAUUAUCAGCUUGUUCGGAAUCAAAUGCCUGAAGAGAAACUCUACAAAGUUUACACAUUUAACUCUGUGAGGAAGUCAAUGAGCACUGUCAUUAAAAUGCCAGAUGACGGCUUCCGAAUGUAUAGCAAAGGGGCUUCUGAAAUUGUCCUAAAGAAAUGUUCUAAGAUUCUUAAUGCUGCAGGUGAGCCUCGGAUUUUCAGACCGCGUGAUCGGGAUGAGAUGGUUAAGAAAGUGAUUGAGCCCAUGGCCUGUGAUGGAUUGAGAACCAUCUGUGUUGCUUUUCGAGACUUUCCCAGCAACCCUGAACCGGACUGGGACAAUGAAAAUGAUAUUUUAACUGACCUUACCUGCAUUUGCGUGGUUGGCAUAGAAGAUCCUGUAAGAUCAGAGGUCCCAGAAGCCAUAAGAAAGUGCCAACGAGCUGGAAUUACAGUCCGCAUGGUUACGGGAGAUAACAUCAAUACAGCUCGUGCCAUUGCCAUAAAAUGUGGAAUUAUUCACCCUGGUGAAGACUUCCUCUGCAUUGAAGGAAAGGAUUUUAAUCGAAGGAUUCGAAACGAGAAGGGAGAUAUAGAGCAGGAACGCAUUGAUAAGAUAUGGCCAAAACUUCGGGUCCUUGCUCGUUCAUCACCCACAGAUAAGCACACCUUGGUAAAAGGUAUCAUUGACAGCACGCAAGUGGAGCAGAGGCAGGUUGUAGCAGUGACUGGUGAUGGAACUAAUGAUGGGCCAGCUCUUAAAAAAGCUGACGUUGGCUUUGCAAUGGGUAUUGCAGGAACAGACGUAGCAAAGGAAGCCUCUGAUAUUAUCCUCACAGAUGACAACUUCAGUAGUAUUGUGAAAGCUGUAAUGUGGGGCCGUAACGUUUAUGACAGUAUCUCUAAGUUCCUGCAGUUCCAACUCACUGUAAAUGUGGUGGCUGUGAUUGUGGCUUUCACUGGUGCUUGCAUUACUCAGGAUUCUCCUCUGAAAGCUGUACAGAUGCUAUGGGUCAAUUUGAUUAUGGACACUUUCGCUUCUCUUGCUCUGGCUACGGAACCUCCCACAGAAUCUCUACUGCUAAGAAAACCAUAUGGUAGAAAUAAACCCCUUAUUUCUCGUACCAUGAUGAAAAAUAUUCUGGGUCAUGCUGUGUAUCAACUCACUCUAAUUUUUACCCUCCUCUUUGUUGGUGAAAAAAUGUUCAAGAUCGAUAGUGGCAGAAAUGCACCACUCCACUCUCCACCUUCUGAGCACUACACCAUCAUCUUCAAUACGUUUGUCAUGAUGCAGCUGUUUAAUGAAAUCAAUGCACGCAAAAUCCAUGGCGAAAGAAAUGUUUUUGACGGCAUCUUUAGAAACCCUAUAUUUUGCACUAUUGUAUUGGGUACAUUUGCUGUACAGAUAGUAAUUGUACAAUUUGGUGGAAAACCUUUUAGUUGUUCUCCUUUGGAACUUGACCAAUGGAUGUGGUGUGUAUUUAUUGGAUUAGGGGAACUUGUAUGGGGGCAGGUCAUUGCAACCAUCCCAACCAGUAGAUUAAAAUUUCUAAAGGAAGCAGGAGGGCUUACAUUAAAAGAAGAAGUGCCCGAAGAGGAGAUGAGUGAAGAUGUAGAAGAGAUUGAUCAUGCAGAGAGGGAACUUCGGCGUGGGCAAAUCCUCUGGUUCAGAGGGCUUAAUAGAAUCCAAACUCAGAUCCGCGUCGUGAAGGCAUUCCGUAGCUCUCUCUAUGAAGGUUUGGAAAAACCGGAAUCUAGAACCUCCAUUCACAACUUUAUGACUCAUCCUGACUUUAGGAUAGAAGAUUCCCAGCCCCAUAUUCCUCUCAUUGAUGACACAGAACUAGAAGAAGACCCUGCCCUCAAGCAAAACCCGAGUCCCCCAUCUUCCCUGAACAAGAACAAUAGUGCUAUUGACAGUGGGAUCAACCUUACAACUGAUACGAGCAAAUCAGCUACCUCUUCUAGCCCAGGAAGCCCAAUCCAUAGCCUGGAAACAUCACUUUAGCUGAAAAAGUC